UUUGAUAAACCCAACACCUUUUAAAAAUCUUCCAACAAUCUUUUGUUUUGUUUCUAUAUAUAUUUUAAAAUGCCUAUUUAUAGGAUUUUUACGAAAUAACUUUCAAAUUAAAUGCUGAAACUAAAACUAGAAUUGAACACAAGUUUUUUAAACCGCCAGCUGACCAGCCAGUGCUUGAAAACGCCAAACAUUGCUAGCAAGUUGGCAGCAUCGCGCCGCAGCAGCUGUCACAACGGCAAGAAGAAGAACUUUGACAGCUGCGCCGCCACAGAAACGGAGAAAAACAUUUUACGAUGGGGAAUGCACUGAAUCAUUACCUGAAACCGGAUGUCUUCCCCGGACCGGAUGUGGUGCCGACGUUUGAUCCACUGCUGGGUUUCGAGGGCCGUAAGGAGCGUGUUAUGAUCGCCACCCAGGAGGAGAUGGAGUCAGCCAAGCUGCCACUUGAUGCCCGGGACUAUUGCGCCCAUUUGGCCAUCAAGUAUCAGGCCUGCCGCACGGACACCUUCCCGUUUGUGUACAAGUGUGCCCACGAGAAGCACGAGUACCUGACCUGCGAGUACGAGGACUAUGUGCUCCGUAUGAAGGAGUUCGAGCGUGAGCGCCGGCUGCUGGAGCGCCAGAAGCGUCUAAACAAGGCCGCCUAGUCUAAAUCAUCGUUAACCUACUCCUAGAAACCUUCUGCACACGACCCGGAGGCAGCCAGCAGUCGCUAUUGGCAGGAGGAGCUCCUGACCGCGCCAGGAUCCACUGCCACUGUCCACGUUGCCUGUUUGCAAGCGAGUUUUCACGCGGAAACGCCAAUAAACACCAUAUGCUAGUAAUAACAUGGA